UACAAUUUGCACGCCACUUGUCUGGAUAAAAACGCCUUUAUUGUCGAGUAUGUAAAACACUUUGCAAAGUGCAGCGCGCAAACACUAUAGCCAUAGGCUCGUGCUGCUAACCUCAAUAGUAGCGCGCACUCGUUCCGUCCUGCCAGGCUUAUAUGACCACGCUUAUAUCGGCUGGCGUGCCAUCUGUCGAGAAACGGGACACAUAUAUCAGGUUUUCUGAACUAGAGCUCCCAAAUGAAGCGAUAAAAAGGGAUGCAGCGUGGUGAUGGGAGAUAAUAAUGCAGGAGUAAUUCAGGGAUGUUUUGGAUGUAUUGCGUGCCAUAACUGAAGGUUUGAUGCCCAUCCACAGGCUCGUGUUUUGCUGAGUUUGGAGGCGAUCGCUCCUGCCUGAAUCAUUUAGCGCAAAGUUAACCGGCUGGACUAUCGACAAACAAUAUGCGGUUGUUGGUUGGUUUUGUUUUGUCAACUUUUUGGCUUUGGGAAGCGUCGCUUUCUCGCGUUUACACCAAUCACUGGGCUGUUCGGAUCCCUGAAGGACCAGUGGAAGCUGAUAAACUCGCUUCAAAAUAUGGCUUUACUAAUUUGGGUCAGAUCGGAGGACUGGAGCACCAUUACCAUUUCCAUCACAGCAGGGUGGUCCGCAGAUCCGCCUUUGCCACCAGAGGCGCUCACAGCUUCAUUCACAUGGACCCGAAGGUUGACUGGGCGCAGCAGCAGGUGGUGAAGACGCGAGUCAAACGUCACGCCAGGAGUGACCCGAGCUACAUCCACUUCAACGAUCCCAAGUGGUCCAACAUGUGGUACAUUCACUGUAGUGAUAAAAACAGCCGUUGCCGUUCGGAAAUGAAUAUCCUUGCGGCCUGGCAGAGAGGCUACACCGGUCGAAAUGUGGUCAUCACCAUCUUGGACGACGGUAUUGAGAGGAACCAUCCGGAUCUGGCACAGAAUUAUGACCAGCUGGCGAGCUACGAUGUGAAUGGAAACGACUACGACCCGUCCCCACGAUACGACUCCAGCAACGAGAACAAACACGGGACACGAUGCGCAGGUGAAGUCGCUGCUGUAGCCAACAACUCGCACUGCAUUGUGGGUAUAGCCUACAACGCCCGCAUAGGAGGUGUCCGAAUGCUUGAUGGAGAUGUGACUGAUGUGGUGGAGGCCAAGUCUCUGGGAAUAAGGCAAGACUACAUCGACAUUUACAGUGCCAGCUGGGGCCCCGACGAUGACGGGAAGACCGUGGAUGGGCCGGGGCCUCUGGCCAAACAAGCCUUUGAACUGGGAAUUAAAAAGGGCCGGAAGGGUCUUGGCUCCAUCUUUGUUUGGGCGUCUGGUAACGGGGGCCGGCAGGGCGAUCACUGCUCCUGCGAUGGCUACACAAACAGCAUCUACACAAUCUCCGUCAGCAGCAGCACGGAAAACGGCAACAAGCCCUGGUACCUGGAGGUCUGUUCCUCCACCCUCGCCACCACGUUCAGCAGUGGAGAGUUCUACGACCGCAAAAUAGUGACCACAGACCUGCGGCAGAGAUGUACUGAUGGACACACAGGCACCUCUGUAUCUGCACCCAUGGUGGCGGGUGUCAUCGCUCUUGCUCUGGAGGCAAAUCCUCUGAUAACCUGGAGAGAUGUCCAGCAUCUUCUUGUGAAGACGUCCAGACAGGCUCACCUGAAAGCCAGUGACUGGAAAACCAAUGCAGCCGGACACAAAGUCAGUCAUCUGUAUGGCUUUGGUUUGGUGGAUGCCGAGGCCAUGGUGGUGGAAGCCAAGAAGUGGAGAAACGUUCCUCCUCAGCACACCUGCAGCAAGACCUCUGACCGCAGAACCCGGUACAUUCGAGCAGAUCAGAAGCUGAACGCCAGCAUCUCGAGCAGCGGCUGCAGUGAUCAGCCGGAUCAGCAGGUGGUGUUUCUGGAGCACGUGGUGGUGCGCGUCCUCAUCGUCCACCCGCGCAGAGGAGACCUGGAGAUCAGCCUCGUAUCGCCCUCAGGGACGCGAUCACAGCUGCUGGCUCAGAGAUUGUUUGAUAACUCCAACGAGGGCUUUAGGAACUGGGAGUUCAUGACGGUUCAUUGCUGGGGGGAGAGAGCGGAGGGCACGUGGACGCUGGAGAUCUCAGACUCGCCGUCUCAGCUGCGUAACCCUGAGGUGUUGGGUAAGCUGAAGGAGUGGACACUAAUCCUGCACGGCACGGCAGAGCAUCCCUACCAAUCCCAGGGUUCCCAGCACUCGUUCUCCAGGAUGCUGGAGAUUCCCACAGCAGGCAAGGAGAUGAAAAACCCUGAUUUUGUGCCAGGAGCCCCUGAGCAUGAAGAGGAGGAAGAGGAGGAAUAUAAUGGUCCAUGUCAUCCUGAAUGUGGAGAUCAGGGCUGCGACGGGGCAGACGCCGAUCACUGCCUCAACUGCAUUCACUUCAGUCUGGGCAGCCUCAAGAGCGGCAGGACGUGUGUAAGUCACUGUCCGCUGGGUUAUUUUGAGGACGGAGAGGCCCGCAGAUGUCGCCGCUGUCACAGAGGCUGUGAGAAGUGUGUGGCUCGCGGGCCGAACGAGUGCCGCUCCUGCCGGAGAGGUCUUUACUUCUACUCGAAGGAGAGCACCUGUGUGGAGACCUGUCCCGCCGGCUGCUUCCACGACGACAGCCAGAGACGUUGUCUGAAGUGUCAAGAGAACUGUUUGAAAUGCUUGCGAGAUGCAGACAGAUGCACGGCCUGUAAAGAUGGCUUCAGUCUGGCAGGAAUGACCUGCGUUCCAGAAUGUGCCAAUGGAACGUUUUUUAACCUGGAAGAAAUGAAGUGCAGCCCUUGCCACAUCUCCUGCUCCACAUGCACAGGUCCUGGACUGGAGGAGUGCAUUCAGUGUGCUCCGGACUACUUACAGCAGGAGUGGCGGUGUGUCCGAAACUGUGCUCCCGGUUACUACAGAGGAGAGGUGGCGGGAUUCACACAGAGGAUGUGCCGCAAGUGUGAGGAGCACUGUUUGAGCUGUCAGGGUCCUGGAACCAGCUGCACGCAGUGUAAGGAGGGAUACAGCCUCGUCAACCGGACCUGCAUCAUGAACGCCACCUGUAACAAUGCAGAUGAAGUGUUCUGCGAGAUGGUCAAGUCGAACCGAUUAUGUGAGAAGAAGCUCUUCCGUCAGUUCUGCUGCCGGACGUGUUUGAUGACGGCUGGAUGACAGCAAGAGAAGAGGCGAAUGGGCUGACCUCCUCUUUCUUUGGUUGUAUUAUCUAAUGUACAUUUUAAACUAGUUAUACUGUGAUUAUUAAAGGAAUAGUUCACAAAAAAUGAAAAUUUGCUGAAAAAUAUACUCAUCCUCAGUCUAUCCAAGAUGAGUUUGUUUCUUCAUCAGAACGGAUUUGGAGAUCACUUGCUCACCAGUGGAUCCUCUGCAGUGAAUGGGUGCCGUCAGAAUGAGAGUCCAUACAGCUGAUAAAAACAUCACAAUAAUCCACACCACUCCAGUCCAUCAGUUAAUGACUUGUAAAACGAAAAGAAACAAAUCGAUCAUUAAAGCAUUUUAACUUUAAAAUGUCACUUUGAGCUAAAAUAUGAGUGCUCUAUCCAUAAUAUUGCUUUCUCCAAUUAAAAAGUUGUCUUGUCUGAAUAAGGAGAGAAAUAUGCACAGAUCAAGCACAGUUUACAAGCAAAAACAGUCCAAAGUUAUUAUGGGCUUGUAUUCUUCCCAGAAGUGACGAUUUAAAGUUAAAACGUCUUAAUGUAUUUGUUUCUUACAAAUAUGUGGCUUUUAGUAUCACAAGACAUUAAUUGGUGAACUGGUUGCCAUUGUGAUGUUUUUAUGAGCUGUUUGGACUCUUAUUCUGAUGGCACCCAUUCACUGCAGAUAAUCCAUUGCUGAGCAAGUGAUCAAAUGCUACAUUUCUCCAAAUCUGUUCUGAUGAAGAAAAAAAAUCAUCCACAUCUUGUAUUGCCUGUGGUUGCCUACAUUUUCAGCAAAUAUUCAUUUUUGGGUGAACUAUUCCUUUAAUGACCGAAAUAAUACUCCUCAUUUCAAGAAAACCCUGUUAGGGUGCUAUUUGAUUUAAACAAGAUAUAUUUUUAAGGUUGUCUGUUUUUUAAACAUGCAGUACAUGUAUAAAUUACUUCUUUUUUUAUUCAAAGACAUCACUCUGAAUUAUGAUAUAACUGUAUAUGAGAGAAGCGGUUAUCAUAACUGAUCAUGUGAUUUCCAGUGAGCAUGAUUACGUUGGAGAAUGCCAGAUAAAGGUUGGAGUGAAACUGCAAUGUUAAGAGAGACAUUAAGUGAGAAUUAUUACACUGUACAUUUUAAACUGUGCAUCUAAUGGUAUUUUAAAUAUUUGAAACAGGAAUAAGUCCAUCAAAGCUCUGAAAUAUAAACCUUUCCUUGAUGAAAAA